UCAGUUCGAGUUUGUAUUUCGUUUGGUGAGGUUGCUUUCUGGCCCGUACAUAUUUCAGCUGAAUUUUAGUGUCAGCCCUCGCUGUGCCCACUGUCGACGUGUCGCGUUCGCUCGCCGUGCGUUUUUAACUAAUUCACAACUAACUAACCAAACAAUUGUGCAUAUAUUUAAAUAUAUAUAUAAAUUUCAAAGUGCGCAAAAAGCAAAUUCCACUUGGCGCAGAAAAAGAAAAUGAAAGAAAGAAAAAAAAAAUAGAAGAAAAAGCAAAGUGCGUGUGUGUGUGCCUGUUUUUUUAUAACUUCUACGACAAGUACUAUAUCAUUUCUUGAAGAAAUCCGUAAAUACUAUAUGUUUUCACAAGUAAAUAAAAAAAUAAAUAAAUUAAUUAAAAAAAAAACGAAAAAUAUAUCUCAAGUUUGCCUUGAAAAAAAUAUAAUAAUAAAUAGAACCAAUAUAGCUAACAUAUAUAUUUAUACACGCAACGGUUUCACUUUGCAAAUUAUAUACAACAACCACAACGACAACAACAAAAUUUACAACCAUCAUUAUAAACAAUAUUCAUUGUUAGGCCAAUAAUUGCCUAGUGCCGCAAAUAAAUGUGCAACAAAUUAAUUAGAUAAAUUAUAAAAAUAAUAUAUUAAAAAAAAUGCAGCUAAACAAACUCAAUAAAAUUGGAUUAUAACGCUUUUAACGUUUGAUUGAAGUUACGUUUAAUAAAAAAAAGUGUCUUGAAGCAAGUUGUUAUGUGUAGCCCUCGAGUUAGACAUCAAAUCAGCGACAAGCAGCAUUAACAACAGCAGCAACAACAACAACAACAACAACGGGCACAUCUAACGCUGCAGCUAACAGAUGAGCCCCAACAACAGAUGUCAAUUGCUGCAGCCGAAAAUGCAGGGCUUAGCCCAGGUGACUUACCAGAUCAUUGGGCCUCAGGUACAGCAACAACAAACGGAGCAGCAACAGCUACAAGCAACAGCAAACACAACAGCAACAGCAGCAACAGUAGCAACAUCAACAACAGCAGCAACAACAACUCUGUUUUCAAUCUGCCGCGUUCAUCGCCGGUCGCUGCGACCGCAGCCGUUACAAUUCCAGCCGCUGGCGGAGGCGUGUUAACUGGCCCGGUUCCGGGUCCGGGCCUAACGCCCAGCACGCCGCUGCAACGUCCGGCGGCAGCAACACCCACGCUCACCCAGCAACUACAGCAACAGCAGCAGCAACUUCUCUACCAGCAGCAACAACAGCAACAGCAGCAGCAACAACAACAACAACUGAGUCAACAGCAGCAGCAACAACUCAAUCCCCAUCAUUCACAUCAUAAUAAGACAGCGGCUGCCGUUGCAACCGCACAUAUUGCAGCUGUGUUGCAACGAUCGGCCGCCAUUAUGAAUGCGGUGGCAUCGCCGAUUCCAGCGAAUGCAGCGACUUCCGCUCGCAAAAUACGUCGCAAGACGGAUACUAAAGUUAAUCUGCCGCAAUCACAAAUCAACAAAUGCAACAAUGAGAAACGACGACGUGAAAUGGAGAACAAUUAUAUUGAGCAGCUCUCGGAGUUUCUGCAGCUCAAUAAACGUGGAGAUAUGACCUCAACGAAACCGGAUAAGGCGGCAAUAUUAAAUCAAGUUGUUCGAACGUAUCGUGAUAUUUAUGACAAAGGCCAAAGCCGUGAUAUAUCCUCAACAUCAACCAAUAACAAUAACAAUAACAACAACAACAACUCCACGACAACGACCAACAAUAAUAACAAUAAUAAUAAUAAUAAUAACAACAACAAUAAUAACAACAACAAUAACAAUAACACAAGCAACAAACCACAAGCGACCUCAACACGCUGCACACGCUGUGCCACAGACAACUGCUCGAUACACCCUGUGCAACAGGGUGAAGUCUCCUCAACCGAGCCUCCAUUGCCAGAGCCGUCGCUGUUAAACGGUCAAGUGCCCGAAAUAUCCGCAUAUUUUGAGGCACUCGAGCAUUAUAUCAGUUCAGUGGGUUGGGUACUGCUCCAGGUGAACGCGAACGGCAUCAUUGAAUCCUGUACGCAGAAUAUACGCGAACUGAUCGGCUAUGAGAAGCAGGAACUGUACCACCAGCCGCUCUACAGGUACCUCUAUACGGGGGAUCACGCCAAAUUGGAACCGAUCAUAAACAACAUGUAUAGCUCCAGCGGUGCUGGUGGUGGAGGAUCGACAGGAGCUGGAGGUGGAGCUGGCGGUGGUAGCAGUGGAGGUGGAACUGGCUCAGGUUCAGCUGGUAACAAUUGGGGAGAUCUGGAUGAGCUGAACAAUGGCAAUGCGUCACAGCAAUCGGCGGGUUCGAAUUCCAGCACGAGUGCUGUCGGAGGCGGAGCGGCUAAAUCGAAGCGUAGCAUUUCGACCAAGGUGAGGAUGCUAGUCAAGGAUACGCGACCAGCGACACAAACCUCCUCCAAUUGCGAUACCAUGGAUCCAAAGCCGUUGAGACAGUCCGGACAGCAGGACAAGUACGAGGAAGUCGUUCUCAUUGCGGCGCCAGUGAAGGAUGAUGCCGAUGCGAGCAGCUCGGUGCUGUGUCUGAUCACACGGCCGGAGGACGAGUCGCCGCUGGAGAUCAACAUGCAACAGCAUGUGCAACAGCAACCCAUCGAGCAGAUGACCUUCAAGCUGGACGUGAACGGCAAAAUACUCAGCCUGGAUACGACGGCAUUGCGUGAACCCUUCAAGCAGCAUCUGCAGACGUGGAUAGGACGACUGUGGCAGGAUCUGUGUCAUCCGCACGAUUUGUCCAUGCUGAAGUCACAUUUGCGGGAUAUUCAGGACUCGGCAUCGGUACACUCACCGGGCAGUUCGGGCGGUGGAUCUGUGCUCAAUAUUCCCAUAUCGAAUGUUAUAUCACGUCCAUUUCGAUUGCGUCUGGGUGCGCCCGAUGUCUAUGUGCAUGUGAAGGCCAAUUCGAGACUGUUCCUCAAUCAGACGCCCGGUGAAAGUGACUUCAUAAUGUCCGUGCAGACGCUGCUCAAUUCGGAGAAUGACAUGAACAGCAACAACACGGGAUCGGGCAGCUCGGUGGGUGGCGGUGGUUUGGGUCUUAGCCAAAUGUGUGCCAUGUCGCCGGGUGCCUCCUUGGCCAGUUCUCUGGUCAGUACGCUCUCCAUGGAGGCGCUGGGACACAGCUCGACAUCCUCAGCCUCGGCCUCAGCUGGCUUAUUGCCAACUCAUUUGCUGGGCGGUCUCGUCGGCGGUGGUCAGCACAACAACAACAGCAGUAACAAUGGUGGAAGCAACAACAGCACACAGACAACCAAUGUGGGUGGUCCAUUGAUGAGCUCGGCGAUCAUCAAUGGCAGCGGGGGGAUGCAACAGCGUCUGGGCAAUGCCAGCGCCUCCUCGGCAUCGAAUUCGUCGGCGGCAACGCUGGUGAAUGCUUUCAGCUCAUCGCCAGCUCUUGUGGAGCAUUUCUAUGGCAGCGAUGCCUUCGAAUUUGAUAUAGCACAUUCCUCGUUCGACAUGGAUCCCAGCGGUGGCGUCGGUGCCUGGACGGAUUCGCGUCCCAAUUCGCGUGCCUCCGUUGCCACUCCGGUCAGCACGCCGCGUCCACCGUCGGGACAUGGCUUCAGUCCCGCUGUCUGCGCCUCCCCAGCGACGCCCUAUCAAUUGUCCUCACACUCGGCGGCCAGUUUGCCCUCGCCACAGUCAAAUGCCAGCGCCGGCGCUGGCGGCAGCUAUGGUUUCAAUUUUCAAUCCUACGAUCCGGCGGAUAGUAAGCCGGACAAGGAGCAACUCCAGCAGCAGCAGCAGCAGCAACAGCAGCAGCAGGUCAGCAACAACAGCAAUGCCAACAGUAACAGCAACAACAACAACAGUGCAUUGAUGGGAGGCAGCUUACCCAACGGCGUUGGCGUCGGAGUAGGUGGUGUGGGAGGAUUACUGCUCAGUCAGCAGCAGCAGCAGCAGCAACAGACCCCACCGCUGCAGGAAUCCUCGGAGCGACUGCGUCAUCUGCUAACCAAAUCACAGAGUCUGGCAAGCGGCCUCGGCGCCGGCAGCCUGGCGGAUGAAGAAAAGUACUUCAAGCAAGAGUGCAGCGAGGAUGACAAACUGAAUGUGGGACCCGUGGGCGUCGCUGCUCCGACGGGUAGCUUCAAGAUGGGCGGCCAACCCGGUCAGAUGAGCAUGUUCGGACAACUGGGACGCGGCGGCGGUGCGAAUGCGACGCUACUACAAAAGGCGGGCAACUCACAGAAUCCCAUGCUACUCAAGCUGCUCAACGAGAAGAGUGAGGAGGAGGACGGCAGCGGCGGUAGCGCGACGGGAGGACCGGGUGCGAUCAACAGUAAUGCCCGACAGAGCGAGCUAAUGCGACAGCUCCAAAAAGAUGAUGGCGGGGGCAAUCAUGGACCGGGGCAUGGCAUGCUCGGAGGUGGCAACGGUGGCCCUAGCGUCGGUCCCAUGAGCAACGAGGAUCUCAAGCGCAUGCUCAAAAUACAAAGCGAUCCGGCGAACAGUCGCAAGCGAUCGCUCAACGAGCCCGAUGAUGAUAUAUCGGCCAAGCGUUCGGAGGAUAAACCGAGCAAACUAUGCUCCCAAAACAAGAUGCUCGCGAAGCUGUUACAGAAUCCGCCAAAGCUGCCGAAAGCACCGAAUCCGGAGCAACCGUUGGUGAAAACGCUGCCGGAUAUCACCAGCUCAACGGUGAAUAAUGUGAGCAGCUCGCUGGCAGCACCGGGUAACUUGAUUAGUGCUGGCAGCACAGGUCCUAAAGCGGCGGCAGCAGCAUCCAAUCGGGCACGCAAACUGCAGCAGCAACAGCAGCAGCAACAACAGCAGCAGCAACAGCAACAGCAGCAACAACAGCAGCAGCAACAACAGCAGCAGCAACAGCAACAACAGUCGACAACUCAGCAGCAAAACGAUGUCUACCUCAGUCAGCAGCAGCUGGCAUACCAGCAACAACAGCAACAGCAACAUCAGCAGCAGCAACAGCAGCAGCAACAACAGCAGCAACAUCAACUGGCGACCACAGGAACUACCUCAAUUACCAUAGCGGCCUCGACCUCAGCAGCUGCAGCAGCAGCAGCUGCCGACACGGAGUUGUCCAAGUUGCUGGACAGCGUGAUGGAUUAUUAUACGGAUGACACGCCCAUUGUGAAUGCAGCGCCUUCGGAGGCAUCGGCAAUAAGCGAUAUACAAAAGUCAUUGAUGGAUGUGGAAUCAGCGGCGUUUGGGCAUGUGAUGAAUCAGCACUUGCUCAUGUCACAGCAACAACAGCAACAGUUGCUGCUGCAGCAACAACAGCAGCAGCAACAACAACAGCAUCAACAGCAGCGACAACAACAGCAACAACACUUGCAGCCACCAGCAUAUCCAGGCAUGCUGGGACUGCAGCAACAUCAGCAGCAGCAGCAGCAGCAGCAGCAACAACAACAGCAGCAGCAACAGCAGCAACCACAACAUUUAAUGCAUCGCCAUCAGUUGAUGGAAACCAUGCGAAAUCAGGGCUUCCAACGUCCACCGCCCAUGUAUCCGGUGCGCGGACGUGGACCCAUGAAUGCUGUGGCCACGCCCAGCGGCGGCGUUGUGUUGCCCAAUCAACAGAUGCGCAACAUGCGACAGCAACAGCAGCAACAACUCGCCGCCCAGCAAAAGGAGCGACUGCUGCAGCAGCAACAGAAGCAACAAUUGCUAGUGCCCGAGAAUGCCACUGGCAUCAAUGCGGGCAUCAACAACAUUGGCUCCCUGCUGAACACGACGGUGGCGCCCAACGUGUCGCUCUCCAGGACAAAUCUGCCAGCGGAUGCGCAACUCAGUCCGAACUUUGCGCAAACUCUAAUGCAACAACAGCUCAGUCCGGGACGCAGUGCACCCUACAGUCCGCAGCCGAAUCAGGGCUAUGCUCCACAAUUUGCACAAAGUACACAGCGAUUGUCGCCGCAGCAACAGCAGCAGAAUAAUCCGCAGCAGCAGCAGCAACAGUUGGCGUACCUGCAACAACAACAACAGCAGCAGCAGCAGCAGCAACAACAGCAGCAACAGCAACAGGCGGGAGAUGGAGGCAGAUCCAAUACGCCGUUUGCCAGUGGAUCUGGAUUGCAAUCGCCUGGCAUGCAGAAUAGUCCACAGCAAUGGCCGACAGCGGGUGGUGGCAAUGGAGGGGUAACGGGUGUCGGUGGUGUUGGUGCUGUUGGUGGACCAGGUGGACCGCUGCCGUCUGGCAAUGCGGGACGCUCACUGCAGCAGCACAAUAAUCCAUUGCUCAUUGCGCAGCUGCAGGUGAGUGGCAAAGAAUUUACACUGCCCAAUGAGCCGCAACUAAUCUCCUACCAUGACAUCACCAACCAGAGUGUCAGCAACUACAAUGCCCGCCAGCAAUAUCAACAGAAUCAGCGACGUGCUCUCAACUCACCAGGUGCCGUCGGACCCGUUGGUGUUGGUGGCAACAAUCCGGCCGCCUUGCAGCGCCAGAGCUCCUUCCAAGCACAAGGUGGCCCAAGCACACCCGACGGCACUACCGGACCGGUUGGUCCCUUUGGCGGUGGCGGACCUCAGUCACCCUACGGCGGAGCUGCUGCCAAUUCGUUCCAGCAGCAGCAGCUGCAGCGUCUGCAGCGACAGGGCAGCGUGCCACAGGCAACACAGCAUUUACCAGGCUCAACUCGCUUCGGUUUAUCGCCGAGCAACAACAACAACAACAACAACGGUAGCAGCAGCAGCAACAAUGGCAGCAACAACAACAGCAACCACAACAAUCACAAUGAGAAUGCCGACGCCGCCAAUCAACAACAACAGCAACAUCAGCUGAUGAACGGAAUGAACAUGUCCCCCCAUCCGGCCAUGUUGGGAAUGGGGGGGAUGGGAAGUGGCGGUGGCAAUGGCAUCAUUGGCCUGGGCGGAGGCGGUGGUGUUGCAGGCGGUGGUGUUGCUGGUGGCGGUGGUUAUGCGGCAUUGGCUGCAUAUGGUCAGGCUCAGGCUCAGGCUCAGCAGCAGGCGAAUGAUUUCUAUGGUCGAUCACAGACCGCUGGAAAUGGCGGUGGUGCUGGUGGUGGCAAUGCCAACUCGGACUUUGUCAAACAGGGACUAAGGGCGAUUGUUGCCGUGCGUGCCCAGCAGGCGGCAUCGGCUGCCACGGGAGGCGGCGUGGGCGUGGGCGUGGCACAACGUGGACAGACGCCACAGAGUCCGUUGCAGCAGGGACCAAUGAUUGGCGAUGGCAAUAGUACAAAUGCAAUGGGCAAUGCCACGCCCACAGGUAGCGGUAACAGCGGCAAUCCUAUGCUCAAUACACCGCCAGAUCCAACGCUCGGAUUUAGCUUCGAGACGCCGGACUUCUUUACCAGCAGUGCUACGAGGUGACCCUAAGGUGUGUCCAGCUAUUAACACUCAAAACGAUCCAGGAAGAACUACGACAAACUGCUAAAAA